AUGUCGGUUAAAUUUACGGAGAAGAGUGUUGAAAAGACUCGUACCGAGCGUAGCAGACAUUUUGACCGAUCUGCUAAACCACUUUCGGGUAGAACAAUUUAUGAUCUGGAAAGCACGUACACUAUAAAAACUGGAGCCUCUCUAAUACCCGAUUUGAACGUUAUAGUUGAACGCAUGCGCAAUAUGCCAGAUGAUCGUUUCAUUUAUUUGAAUUACAUGCUACCAAAAACAAGUGAAUAUUUCACACCCUACAGUCUAAAAGAAUUCACUUAUGACGAUCUACCUAAUAAACAACUAUUUUUUACCAUGAGCCGUCAUGGCGUCACCUAUUGGCAUUUGUCUGAGAAUUUCUUCACACCUUUACUGCAAUGGCAGCAAGAGUUUCAGCAAUUUUUAAGUAUCAUUAAGAUCCGUACGUUCGCGGUCUUUCGCAUAUGGAAGGGUUUCAAAGUUUGGGAGAAGACGAUUAAGUGGAAGAAACAAGGCGAGGCUAGAACAUAUCUCCAAGAUCACUUACUAAUCGCUAUACCUCCUCUUGCUAAUGCCAUUUUAAAAUUACGUAGCGAGUUAGUGGUGUUGCAACGCAGUAAUUUCGUAAAUGUUACCGUCAUUGAAGAGUGGCAUCCGUUCUAUUUUCUGGAAAUCCAUAUGAAAAUCUACGAAAAAUUAAGACUCACCUUCCGAGAGUUUCGCGAAAAAACCAAAAAACUUUUGUAUGAGGCGUGCUUAACGGCUAUUACAGAACGUGGCUUCUUCCCCGACGACGAAAUCAAUUAUUAUCCGUCAAUUAAGAAAAUGCGCGAUGCCAUGAGCUUCAUGGAUCGUGCACGUAAACGUAAUUUUUGCAAAAUUCUUUCCAACUUCCUUAGUUACUGCGAUUGUCUUAUGUAUCAUAUGUUGUUCAAAGUUACAUGUCACAGUUUCUAUGAUCUCGUAAAGGCGAUGGAAAUUCAUGAUAUUGCCAGCCCAAGCAAAGAGUUAUUAAAAGAAAAUUUAACUUUGCACGAGCAAUUAGAGGCCGAGAGAACAGAGAAUUUCCCCCAGGCUCCAUUUUUUGUAGCGAAUUUGCACUUAUUACCGGAUCGAAUCGACAUUGAGCCUUCAGAAGAAAUAAUGAAACAUAUAUUUAAUCGCAUAUCUACGUUAAUAUUGGAAACAGUGACUGAAAUUGAUAACUUUACCGAUGAUAAGACCUAUUUGAAGUUCACUGAGCCAUCUAUUAUGGGUAGACAAGAAGAACGUUUAGCUGGAAUACCGCCCGAUCUGAGUUUUUUAUUACGCACGGAUCCUGACUUUCAGCGCAAUCGCAAACUUAUUAAUAUAUACAUACGUCAAGCAUAUGAGAAAGCGGAACUUUAUACCUUUCGUUUCGAGUCUAUACGUCAUAAUUAUGAAAUUGAUACUUGCACCGAUCCAAAUACGCUAAGAACAGAAAAAGAUCUUGAAGCUUUGCGUGCCUAUUGUGACCGCUACUGUAACAAUGUUAAAGCUUUGGAUGGCAUAUUGUCGGUAGUGAAUUUGGGUUUGUUGAAACUAAUGCAAGGGAGCUUUAAAGAUACGGUUACACCAGUGUGCGUUAAAUUACAAAAUGUUCUAGCGACAUACCUGCCACGAUUGGCUGCGGAAGAGGUUGAACACAUUACCGAUAACGCACGUGAUGUUUUGCUGCGUAUUACUGCUGAGCCGGAAACAACUUUGGAAAUUGUUAGUCAUAUCGCUCUCUUGGAAGGAAUUGAAGAAGAAAUGCAACAAUUGUUCGCCGAUGUUGAUUACGCUCAUGACGUUUUUAUUAUCAUCAAAGACUUUUCAAUACCGAUCGAUAAUGAACGAAAAGAGGAUUAUAUGGAUUGUGAAGAUAUGGUUAAUCGCACUUUUGAUAAAUUGAAAGAGAUUCAGGCGAAGCGACCGCAAUUUAUUAAGAAACUGGAAGAGAAAAUGAACGACGAUAUAAAAUUAAUAUUUGAGGAAACCCAUGAAAUUUAUAUCCAGAUCUUAGAUCCUAAAUUGCUUGAUAAAAAAACUCCUCGUAAGCAAGUGCUUUCUAAAUUGGAUUCCCUACUGAAAGAUUUAAACGUUUUACACGAGAAAGCUGCUGAAUAUAUUGGCUAUCAAAAGAAAUUCAAGAUUGAUAUCACUAAAUAUGAAGAAAUGGAUAUGGCUUUCUCUGAAAUCCGUUUACGUCAGCAUCUACACAAUUCCGUCAUCGAAUGGGAAACGGCUUAUCAGCGUUGGAUGGCAUCGGAAUUCAAUACGUUAUCGGUUUCUGAAUUAACUGAUUUAACAGUGAAAACCAUUAAGAAUUGUAUGCAAUUUGAGAAAUACUUGCCGGAGAAUAACAUUGUUCCAGCACUGAAAACAGCCGCAGAGGAAUUCAAAUUGAAGCUACCUGUUAUCGGCUAUCUAAGAAAUCCGAACUUUCGACCGCGCCAUUGGGCAGAGCUUGAAGGCAUUUUAGGUCGCAAACUCUACCAAGAGCCGAACAUUUUAAUUUCUACAUUUGAACAAGCGAAUGCUUUCGAUGAAAGCAUGGCGGCUGCAUUAAUGGAUAUCUCGUCUCAAGCAACUGGGGAAUUUCAACUUGAAGCUAUGCUCAAGGCCGUUGAAGCUGUCUGGAAAGAUCAGGAAUUGGCCGUUGUUAGUCAUCAUGAUCAGAAGGACGUUUUCGUUUUGGCUGGUCAAGAAGAAUUGCAAGCAGUCUUAGAUGAUUCCACAGUUAAUAUGAAUACAAUUGCUGCAUCCAAAUAUGUACGCACUAUAAAACAUAAAGUCGAUGAAUGGCUGGAACACUUGGAGCAAUUCGGCAAGACUUUAGAAUUAUGGAUUGAAUGCCAAACAACUUGGAUUUAUUUAGAGGCUAUAUUUGCCUCACCCGAUAUCCAACGACAAUUGCCUCAAGAGGCCAAAAUGUUUUUUCAAGUAGACAAAAGCUUCAAGGAUAUGGUGAGAACCGCGAAGAAAGUUUCAUUAGCUUUACCUGUGAUGUCUUCCACGGCCAAUUACCUUCUUUUAAAGGAAAAUAAUAGAUUACUUGAUUUAAUAAACCGCGGCUUGGAAGCGUAUUUAGAGGUGAAACGUGUCGUAUUUCCCAGGUUUUAUUUUUUGUCAAAUGAUGAACUAUUGGAGAUACUCGCUCAAACUCGGGUUCCUCAGGCCGUUCAGCCGCAUUUGCGCAAAUGCUUUGAUGCCAUAUAUCGUUUAGAAUUCGGUCAGAAAGAUGACGGCUCGGGGAAAAUGGUGCCAACCAAUGAUAUUUUAGCAUUCAUGUCGCCAGAAGGCGAAAAAUUAUUCUUUCAAAAAGGUCUAAAAGCACGCGGCGCCGUCGAAGAGUGGCUCAGUAAAGUUGAAGAGGGCAUGUUUGCUUCAGUUAAAAGAGCCAUGCGCUUCGGCUAUCAAUGCUAUCCCAAUAAAGAUAGGGAUGUUUGGUUUCAAGAUCAUCCCAAUCAAGUUGCCUUAACUGUAUCGCAGCAACAAUGGGCUGCGGAUAUUCAUUACGUUCUAGACAAUCAGAAAUGGUCUACCAAAACAGUAUUGGAGAAAAUGAAGGAAUUCGAAAAGAAAUGUCUAAAAAAUCUAGCAGCACUAGCUGCUCUUACGCGGAAGGAUAUAACCAGUUUGGUUCGUAAAGUUUUAACAGCUUUAAUUACCAUAGAUGUGCAUGCGAAAGACUCGGUGAAUUUGCUCAUAACCAAAGAGGUCUUCAAAUCAAACGAUUUUAAUUGGCUGAAGAUGUUACGUUUCUAUUGGUCCCUUGAAACAGAUACUGUAUACACACGUAUGGCCUCAGCGAAUAUUCCUUAUUACUAUGAAUAUCUGGGCGCCGGAGGAGUAUUGGUAUUAACUCCAUUAACCGAUCGUUGUUAUCUUUGUUUGAUGGGUGCUAUACAAAUGGACUUGGGUGGGGCACCAGCUGGACCGGCCGGCACUGGCAAGACUGAGACAACGAAAGAUUUGGCAAAAUCUGUAGCCAAACAAUGCGUUGUCUUUAAUUGUUCGGACGGUUUAGACUAUAAAAUGAUGGGUCGUUUCUUCUCCGGUUUAGCCCAAUGCGGUGCAUGGUGCUGUUUUGAUGAAUUCAAUCGCAUAGAUAUUGAGGUACUAUCCGUAAUAGCGCAGCAACUGAUAACCAUACGUAACGCUAAAGUUAUUAAUUCCAAGAGGUUUAUAUUCGAAGGUCGUGAGAUAAAACUGGUUAAGUCUUGUGCAGUUUUUAUUACCAUGAAUCCGGGCUAUGCUGGACGUACCGAAUUACCGGAUAACUUGAAAGCUCUUUUCCGUCCCAUAUCCAUGAUGGUGCCUGAUUAUGCGUUAAUUGCUGAAGUUAUUUUGUAUUCGGAGGGUUUCGAAGAUCCCAAAAGCCUCGCCCAUAAGAUGGUGCAAAUGUAUAAAUUGUGCAGCGAACAGCUUAGCCAGCAGAACCAUUAUGAUUUUGGUAUGCGAGCUGUAAAAUCUGUGCUGGUAAUGGCUGGUGCACUAAAGCGUGCCGCACCCGAUCAAAGAGAAGACAUUACCUUAAUUGCUGCACUCAGAGAUUCAAAUAUACCGAAAUUUUUAGCCGAUGACGCUACUUUAUUUUUGGGUAUUCUGGGCGAUUUAUUCCCAGGUGUAGAAUUGCCAAUCUCGUCCUAUCCGGAUUUGGAGCGAGCAGUUGCAUUAGGUUUACAAAUGAAAAAUUUACAACCCGUUUAUGCUACCAUGCACAAGUGUAUACAAUUAUACGAAACAAUGUGUGUACGGUGGGGUGUCAUGUUGGUAGGUCCGACGGGCGGUGGAAAAUCUGUAGUUUUGCACGCAUUGGAAUUUGCUUUGAACCAAUUGUAUGACGAAGGUGUUAAAGGUCCCAAUUAUCGGCCGGUCACCAUACAAUGCAUGAAUCCGAAAGCCGUAUCUAUGAACGAAUUGUACGGCUUUGUGGAUCCGAAGACCUUUGAAUGGCAAGACGGUUUACUAGGCUUAGCUGUGCGUACUGCAGUAAAUGUAGAAGAUGAAAUCCACCAGUGGAUUGUUAACGAUGGACCAGUGGAUGCUGUCUGGAUUGAAAAUUUAAAUACAGUCCUGGAUGACAAUAAAAUGCUUUGCCUUGCUAAUUCGGAACGUAUUAAACUUACCCCCUGGGUACAUAUGGUGUUCGAAGUCCAAGAUUUAUUACAAGCAUCCCCGGCUACCGUGUCGCGUUGCGGUAUGGUUUACAUUGAUCCGGACGACCUUGGUUGGCUACCGUUGCUUGACACCUGGAUGAUAAGCGGAAUUCAAAAGAAAAUUCAAUCCCACCAGCUGGCAUAUUUAAACGAACUGUUUACCACGCAUUUCCAAACAUUUCUUCGAUUAGCUCUAAAACAUGGCUCUUUCGUAAUACAUCAAGUAACCAGUUCCAAGGUAUUUUUAUGCCUGGAGCUUAUGGCAAGCCUCAUUGAGCAAAAACGUUGGUACGACGUGCCCGAAGAAAAUUAUAAAUCUCUCUUAACUAAAAUGUUUGUGUGGGUAGUAUUGUGGUCGCUAUGUUCAAAUUUCCGAGAUGAAGAAAAAGUUAAAUAUGAGGCAUUAUUAAAAAAAUACAUGUUGAGCGAAGGAAAGCAUAUUUCAUUUCCUCAAACGGGUACAUUAUGGGAUUAUCGAGUAAAUAUGGAGACAAUGAAAUGGGAGUCAUGGUCCAAUAUUAUAGACACUUUUAAUUUUAAUCCCGAAGACAAAUACUUCGAUAUGCAAGUACCAACCGUGGACACGACUAAAUAUGGUUACAUUACCGAAUUGCUAUUCUCACGAAAUUUUCCAGUCAUGUUUACUGGCGACACAGGCGUAGGCAAAUCAGUACUGGCUGUAUCGACACUUAAAAAGCUUGCUCAAGGCACCGUUAUACCGAUACAAAUUAAUUUCUCAGCUCAAACGAGUAGUAACAGGACUCAAGAAAUGAUCGAGAGUCCCUUAGAUAAGCGUAAACGUAAUCUCUUGGGUGCCCCGAUCGGAAAAACGGUAAUAGUUUUCAUUGACGAUGUUAAUAUGCCAAAACUAGACACCUACGGCAGCCAACCGGCGAUAGAGCUCUUAAGACAAAUUCUAGACUUCGGAGGUUUCUAUGACCGAGAAAAACUUUUCUGGAAAGAAAUCGUCGAUGUAGUUUUAGGCUGUGCUUGCGCUCCUCCUGGUGGAGGUAGAAAUCCUCUAACCCCACGUUUCGUACGUCAUUUUUCUCUCCUAGCGCUACCGAAACCGAAUGAUGAAACUUUAACACAAAUUUUCGAUGGUAUUCUUACUGGUUUCCUUAGUGACUUUUCUUCGGCAAUUCGUCCUCUCUCAAUAUCUAUAGUGAAUGCGUGUGUUGAUGUUUAUAUGCGCAUCGCAAAGGAAAUGCUGCCCACACCGAAUAAAUCGCACUACAUAUUCAAUCUAAGAGAUCUUUCUAAAUGCAUACAGGGAAUUCUGCAGGCCAAUAACAUAUACUACAAUAUGGAAAUUCAGAUAUUGCGUUUAUUCUAUCAUGAAACUACUCGAGUCUUUCACGAUCGCUUAAUUAACGACGAAGAUAAACAACUUUUCGUUGAUCUGAUGUACGAUGUCUGUCUUACGCAUUUCAAAAAGGAGGUCUGCAAACGCGAUGAGCCCCCAAUACUCUUUGGCGAUUUUAUGGUAUUCGGCAAGCCUCGUGCCGACCGCAUUUACGAAGAGAUCAAAGAUCACAAAAAGUUAGAAAGUAUACUAAUGGAUUAUAUAGAAGAUUUUAAUUCAAUGACAGGCAAACGAAUGAAUUUAAUAUUAUUCCAAGAUGCAUUAGAGCAUUCUGUUCGGCUAGCUCGUUUACUGCGCAGUGAUCGUGGCAAUGGUCUAUUAGUAGGCGUAGCUGGUAUGGGUAAACAAUCUUUAACUAAGCUGGCAGCUCACGUUAAUGAAUACAAAUGCAUGCAAAUUGAAUUAAAACGUAAUUAUGACAUUAAUGGCUUUCAUGAAGAUCUACGGAUUAUAUACCGACAAGCUGGAAUUGACAACCAACCAGUAACAUUUUUAAUGAUCGAUACACAAAUUGUGGAAGAAGAAUUUUUGGAAGAUAUUAAUAAUAUUUUGAAUUCCGGAGAAGUGCCCAAUCUAUUUGAGGGCGAUGAAUACGAAAAAAUUAUAAUUGAUGCCCGUGAGGAUUGCAAUACAGUCCAGAAAGAAGGCUGCACUCGAGAUGGCAUCUAUAAGUUCUUUAUAAACAGAGUGCGGAAUAAUUUACAUGUGGUUUUGUCUAUGUCACCGGUGGGUGACUCUUUUCGACGAAGGUGUCGUAUGUUUCCUUCUCUAGUUAAUUGUACCACAAUUGAUUGGUUCUCAAAUUGGCCAACUGAGGCAUUGUACUCGGUAGCGUUAGGUUUAUUAGCCGUCAUUACGAAAAAUAGAGAAGAAUGCGAAGCUUUAGCCACAACUACAGUCUUUAUGCAUAAGACAGUUGAAGACGCCUCCGUCAAGUUUUAUAAGGAAAUGAAACGCCACUAUUACACUACGCCUAGCAGUUAUUUGGAAUUGCUUAAACUUUAUCAAAAUCUCUUGAAUGUGAAAACCCAAGAGAUAAUUAAUAAGCGUAAAAGGAUUACUAACGGCUUAAAUAAGAUAUUGGAGACGAACGAUAUCAUUGCAGUCAUGCAAAGAGAAUUAGAAAUUAUGGUACCAGAACUUGAUGAGAAGUCAGCUACUAUGAAACAAUUAUUAGAGAAGCUGGCGGUUGAGUCUAAACAGGCUGAUCAAGUUAAAGAAGCGGUAUUAAGGGAUGAGGUCGCUGCUAAAGAAAAGGCGGAAAGUUGCAAGGCUAUGUCCGACGAGGCGAAUAAGGAUCUAGAAAUCGCUAUGCCUGCUUUAAGAGAUGCUGAAGAUGCUUUAAAAGGUUUAUCAAAGGCAGACAUUAAUGAGCUGAAAUCGUUCACCACACCGCCAGCGCUAGUACAGUUCUGUAUGGAAGCAGUCUGCAUACUAUUAGGAGCCAAACCUAGCUGGGCUUCGGCUAAGGCUAUAAUGGCCGAUGUAAAUUUUAUUAAACGUUUAUUCGAAUACGAUAAAGAGCAUAUACCAGAUACCGUUUUACAAAAAGUUAAGAAAUAUAUUGACCAUAAGGAUUUUGUGCCUGCGAAAUUUGAGAAAGUUUCAAAGGUUGCCAAAUCGGUCAGUUUAUGGGUUAUUGCUAUGGACAAAUUUUCUAAAGUUUAUAAAGUGGUUGAACCGAAAAUACGACGCAAAGAAAUUGCCGAGUCCGAGCUGAAGGAGGUCAUGACUAUCCUGAAGGCGAAACAAAAAGAAUUGGCUGCAGUUGAGGCGAAAAUUCAAGGUUUGAAAGAUAAUCUUGACUUGAAAAGAAGAGAAUUUAAAGCCGUUCAGGACAAUGUCGACUUAACGUAUGGUCGAAUAAAUCGAGCCGGUCGCCUAACAUCUGCCCUCUCCGAUGAAGAAGUGCGUUGGAAAGAAACUGUAAAGGUAUUAACUAACGAAUUGGCUUGCGUGCCAGGUGAUGUUCUAGUCUCAGCUGCCUGUGUAGCGUAUUUAGGCGCCUUUUCCACCGAAUACCGUAAUGAAUUAUGUGCGCAAUGGGUUGUCAAAUGUCGAGAACAAAAUAUUCCUUCUAGCGGAGAAUUUCAUUUAGUCAAGGUAUUGGGUGACGCCUACGAAAUAAGACAAUGGACCAUGGAUGGUUUACCUAAGGAUGAUAUAUCCGUAGAAAACGGUAUUUACGCGACUCGGGCGUUACGUUGGCCUCUAAUGAUUGACCCGCAAGAACAAGCGAAUCGCUGGAUACGUAAUAUGGAGAAGGCGAACAAUUUAAAUGUUUUAAAAAUGACCGAUGGCAAUUUACUGAGAACUGUGGAAAACUGUGUACGCCAAGGGUAUCCCAUACUUUUAGAAGAUAUAAGUGAAACAAUUGAUCCUUCGAUAAGGCCUGUUUUGCAACGCGAAACUUACGUGUUUGAGGGUCGAACCUAUUUAAAAUUAGGUGAUCAAGUUAUCGACUACGAUGAUAGAUUUAAAUUAUAUAUGACGACGAAAUUGGCCAACCCUCACUAUCUGCCGGAAAUUUGCAUUAAUGUAACAUUAGUAAACUUUUUGGUAACGGAAGGUGGCUUAGAAGAUCAAUUAUUAGCGGAUAUUGUGGCUAUUGAACUGCCCGCUUUGGAAGUGCAACGUAAUGAUCUUAUAGUCAAAAUCAAUACUGACAAGCAACAGCUGCUAGCUUUGGAAGAUAAAGUUUUAAAACUGUUAUUCAAUUCCCAAGGUAAUAUAUUAGAUGAUGAGGAAUUGGUGGAAACACUCAAUGAUGCUAAGGAAACUUCGUUGAUUAUUGCCACUCGGCUCUUAGAUACCGAAGAAACGGAAAAAGUGAUUACAGCCACUCGUGAAAACUACCGUACUUUGGCGUCCAGAGGAGCUAUCUUAUAUUUUGUUGUAGCUAGUUUAGCGGAUAUUGAUCCCAUGUAUCAGUACAGUUUGAAAUAUUUCUCGCAAGUCUUUUGCGCUGUAAUACGAUUAGAACAUCCCACAAUGACCACCGAUGUACGCAUUGCUCAAUUGAAACUCGCUGAAUUGAAAGCAAUCUAUGAUAAUGUUUCACGUGGCUUAUUCGAAAAUCAUAAAAUUAUUUAUAGUUUCCUUUUGGCUUUAGCAAUAGAAAAGCAAGAACAACGUGUAACGCUACUUGAGUUUAACUUUCUAACUCGCGGCGUAGUGGGCUCCGUUAAGGAGAAGCCAUUACCUCCUAAUGUCAAAAUGACUGAGGGUAAAUGGGAGGCUUGCAGAUAUUUCGAAGAAAAUUUUCCUACUUUCAAGAAUUUCACUGAUACAAUACAUAAGCCUUUCUUUUUAGCUAUCGGUAAUAAUAAAGAAGAGUUUAAUUUUUCGAAAUCAAAGGCGGAGCCAAGCAAUGUUUGGAGUACUCGUUUAACUGAUUUCCAGAAGCUUAUAUUUAUCAAAAUUUUCAGACAAGAACGUUUCUUGUUUAAUGUCGUAGUAUAUCUAAGAGUCACAAUAGGAUCUUACUUUACUGAAGCAUCUGCCGAAGGAAGUCAGUUAAAAGUGGUAUUUCUUGAUACUUCCAAUCUUACGCCCUUGGUUUUUGUCUUAUCAACUGGCUCCGAUCCUAUGGCGAACUUUUUACGUUUUGCCGACGAAAUGAAAUAUAUGGAUAAAUUUUAUUCAAUAUCACUGGGCCAAGGUCAAGGUCCAAUCGCUGAGAGUUUGAUAGAGAAAAGCUUACGCCUAGGACAUUGGGUAUUUUUACAAAAUUGCCAUUUGGCCACGUCUUGGAUGAGUCAAAUGGAAACUAUUGUACGUAACAUAACGCUGGGUAUAACCAAGGCACAUGAGAACUUUCGUUUGUUCCUGUCAUCUAUGCCGCAGAAGACUUUCCCCAUUAGCGUUUUGCAAAAUUCGGUCAAAGUUACAAACGAACCACCUAAAGGCAUCAGAGCUAAUGUCCUAGGUGCGUUAGCUGACAUAAAUACAGAUUUCUUCGAAGCGCACAUUUUAGAAGGACAUUGGAGAGCUAUAGUCUUCGGUCUAUGUGUCUUCCAUGCCGUUCUACUGGAACGGAAAAAGUUCGGACCUCUCGGCUGGAAUAUAACAUAUGAAUUUAACGAAAGCGAUCGUGACUGUGGUCUUAAGACUCUAGAAUUUUUUAUUAGUCGCGAGAUUCGCGAUAAAGUGCCUUGGGAAGCUAUUUAUUAUAUAAACGGAGAGAUUACUUGGGGUGGUCGUGUCACGGACUAUUGGGAUUUACGUUGCUUACGUACUAUCUUAAAAGUUUACACUUUCGAUCACAUUUUGGAUCCAAAUUACAGAUACUGUCGCGGUGAUCCCUAUUAUAGGGAUCCUCGAAAGAACACCAUACAAGAAUACAAGGAAUACGUACAACAUUUUCCACCACUCGAAGAUCCCGAGAUUUUCGGGAUGAACGAGAACGCUAACUUGGUAUUCCAAACAAAAGAAACCAACUUUUUUAUAAGCACUUUACUGGUCGGUCAACCACGUUCAGCGGCCGAAGAGGGCCAAGCCCAAGAAAACGAAUUGUGCUUAGAAAUAAUAAAAAGAAUUCAGGAGACCCUUGCCAAAAAGAUAGACAGAGAAACCUUGCAUUCGUCUUUGACAGUGGUUAGUAGCAACGGUGCUUUGCCGUCGCUAACAACGGUGCUGGUACAGGAAGUCGACCGUUAUAAUAUAUCCUUAAAAAAUUUGCAUGAAAGCUUAGUUAAUUUGGGUAAAGCCAUCAAAGGUUUGGUAGUAAUGUCUGAUGAGCUCGAAGGUGUCUUCAACGCUUUAUUAGCUAAUUUGGUGCCCCGUCUUUGGGAGAAAAAGAGCUUUCUCUCCAUCAAACCCUUGCCGAGUUACAUUGCUGACUUUCAAAGACGCAUAGAAUUCAUUCAGAAUUGGGCUAUUAACGGCAAUCCACGCAGUUACUGGAUUAGUGGUUUUUAUUUUCCACAAUCAUUCCUUACGGGCGUACUUCAAACCCAUGCACGUAAAAAGGUUUUGCCUAUAGACGCAUUGAAAAUUGAUUUCAAAGUCUUGGACAUUACACUUAUUCAGCAAGAAUUUUUUGAGAGGCGUUCAAGUCUGAAAGCAGUGGACGAACUGUAUGGGAAAAUGCCACCUUCUACGGAGAAUGGUGUAAAUUGUCACGGUAUAUUUGUGGAAGCGGCUCGUUGGAAUAGGGAGGAAGGCGGUUUGUGUGAUGCCGAAAUUGGUGAACUGUAUUCACGAUUACCUGCGAUACGCUUUAUACCAUGUUUAAAAAUGGAGCCCGGCGAACGCUACGAAGCUCCGUUAUACAAAACACAGGCAAGGUCGGGAGUACUCUCCACUACUGGCCAUUCGACAAAUUUCAUAUUAGCCAUCCUAUUGCCUAGUUCACUUCCACCAGACUUUUGGAUUUUACGUGGAACCGCCCUGGUAUCCGGUGUAACUGAGAACAUUUCGUAAUUACAUUUUUCGUUUUUUUUAUUUUUUUUAAACGAAAAUAUUGAUAAUUAAAUAAAUAUUUGCGUUGUUUUAUCUCGACGUGUAGAGACGUUUCAAUGGAAA